AUGGCGACCGUUGUUUCUGCUGCUGCUACGAAAUUUAGGCUUGUCUUCUUCGCGCCCGUACCAGCUGUCGAAGCCUGUAAGGCCGCUAUCUUCGCUGCUGGUGCAGGCCGCUAUCCUGGGGGGAACUAUACUGAAUGCUGCUGGACCGUUGUGGGUAAGGGUCAGUUCCGCCCUGGAGAUACAGCGAAUCCACACAUCGGAAGCGUGGGCAAACUGGAACACACGGAGGAGGCUAGGGUGGAAGUGAUAUGCUUUGGCGAAGAUAUUGCUAGGAAGGCGGUCGUAGCGCUGAAGACUGCCCAUCCAUACGAGGAGCCUUCAUAUGGUGUGUCUAAGUUGGAGGAUUUCUGA